CUCCGGGACCAUGAAUUUGGGCGGAAGUCUUACGCGACAGAUAGAGGCCGACAAUACAGUGAAUGAGACGAAUCCACACAUCGCUAACAUCGGAAGAAUGGUUGAGGAUAUGGAGAAUAAGAUCCGCAACACAUUGAAUGAGAUCUAUUUCGGGAAAACGAAUAGUAUUUUAAACGGAUUGCGUUCCGUUCACAGUCUGUCCGAACAGAAACAACAGGAGGCCCUCCGGACAGACUUAGCACAAGCCCUGCAAAAGCGACAAAAAGCAGAAGUGAAUAAUUGAUGAAUACUUUGAAUGAGUUGUACAGCAAAGGAUAUUUUCAGUCGUUUACUUAUCUAUAGUUUUAUAAUUUAAUCAAAUAUUCUUUGAUCUAUAAUUUCUUUUUCUCGAUUCUUAAUUAUUUUAUUAUUUAAUACUAUCAUUGAAAUUACAUUUUGGCUUUUAUUAUAACAAUUGAGCCAUUCUUGAGUUAAC